AUGAGGCUGUCAAUAUCGUGUGACGCUUGUCGGCAAGCAAAAGUCAAAUGUGUCCAUGAAGGGCAACCACCCUGUCAACGUUGCUUGAAGACCAAAAACCAAGGAUGUAAUUUGACAGAUCCCCGCGCCUCAAAACAGAAGGCUCGGGGGAAUAUUGUAUCAUCCAGGACUCCAAGAAAACGAAAGGCAUCAUCCGCCUUAUUGCCAGGGAUUGGAGAUGCAGAAAGAAGCACCACGGAUAAUGACCCCGUGGCUCAAGACCCAUUCAAGGACCCUAUAGCAGCGCUGUCACCAGCAACCGUCAUCAGUGCAGUGGAAACCUACAGAAAAAAGUUCCCAAUUACCAAUUUUCUUCAUUACCCCUCUUUAAUAUCCGACAUAUCAUCCAAUGUUCACUCAGUGGACUCCGUCUUUGUGGCCUCGGUCCUUUCUUUGUGCGUGCGGUUUAUGAACAGCGAUGAACUCGAAGAAGAAGAAACAUAUGCCAACUAUGCACGCAAAAAUAUUGCCCAGCGCGUGCUUGAAGCGCCCUCACUUUAUCUUGCCCAGUCCCUUGUGAUGCUCUCAUUUUAUGAGUGGGGCACUGGGCGACCAUAUCAAGCUUGGAUGUAUAGCGGCAUGGCAACAUAUAUGAUUCAAUCCCUUCUAAAGAUGGCAGAUGAUAGCAUGGAGCACAACCCUCAAGAGUUCCAUGGAUCUCAAACACAAUACGAACAGCUGGUCCGAACCUACUGGUGCUGCUUUGCGCAAGACUGUGAGCUGAGCUCCGGAGCCCGCCAGCACUUUGCGCUAUCGUUCUCCCAGAUCUCAGUUCCUCUCCCGAUCAGUGAUCGGGACUUCACAUUUAACCAUACCCCGGCCAGCAGGUUGAUGCCUGCUGACAUGAAUAAAGACUGUUUGCUAGCGAAGGAUCUUACGAUCGAGCAUGGCCUCACAAUUGUGACUCGAGGAUUUGACAUAUUCGUACGAAUUCUAAGAUUUGCGAACGAACAUCGACGAGCACUGGCUUCUUUGUCUUCAGAUGACUCGACUACAUCCCCGCUCCUCUUGACUUGGCAGGUCCUCAAGGAUGAACUGGAUGAGUGGAGGUUUCUUCAGGAUGUAACGGUUCGUUUCCCAGCUACCAGCGUUCAGUCGCACGUGGCGCUCGGGUACGGGGAGCUGUUUGCGUACAUCAAUUUGGUUUAUUGCAUGAGCAUUCUUUUUCUUCACCGGGACUGCUUCUUAUCCAACCUCAAGCCCCAUUCCGACGUUUUCCACGACACAAAUGAUGACGCGCAAUGCGAACCCGAUACAAUCAAACAGCUAUUUGAAGCUGCUCAGAAUAUUGGAGGUAUCCUCAAUGCACUGGAUGCCUCCGGUGCAUCUAUCAUGUCACCAUAUUCUGGCUUCAGCGUCUUUGUCGCUGCUCAUAUCAACAUGUACGGGACAAUUGCCCCACAGCGAUAUCCGGGUGGCCUCAAACGGGCUGAAGAAGAAAAGGGCCGAAAUCUUAUUUACCUUGAGCGACUAAGCAAACUCUGGCCCGUUGGUCGUAGCUGGGUGAGUGUUUCCAAAUACCUCUCACCAGACAUCGCAGCUAACAAUAACCAGUGGCGAACGGUCCAAGACGCAAACCGAUUCUACGAGAUAGUCAAGAGCAACCAAGCCCACUCUGGAUCUGGGAUGCACAGUCCUAGGAGAUUCGCCCUUGCAGGUACCCUAGAUGAAUAUGGUGACAUCCGAUCUCGCCCAAGUAGGGACGCGUAUGCGACUAGGGCACGAGCCUCUGAAUCCCGUGAUACCCACAGCUCUCAUGCCCGUGGAGAAAGUUCAUCGUCACCUGGUCUUGGUGGCGUACCUAAUUUUCUGGCUAGAGAUAAUUCUGCGCUUGGUGGUCAUCACGACUUUGAAACUGAUAUGUUUCAAUGGCCAUUUAUUGAUGGAUCGUGGUCUCUUGGGUUUGAUACGGGAUUGGAUGGGUUGUGGUAUAACUCGGGGUUGUUUGACCCAAAUCCAUCUCUUAGAUGA